AUGACCCCCCGUAGUUUCCAGAAACUGGGGAGAAGACUCCUCUCGAGCUUGUUAAUUCACCCGACGGCAUCCCUGCUGUUCGCAGUACAUCUUUUCCUUUUUAGACAAGGCAGCUGCGUACGACCUGGUUCCACCCCCAGAUUCGUAACUGACCUAACAUGGGAGAAAGAGACGAACUUGGACAUGCCGACGUGUGACACGUGCGACGUUUGUUCCGUGUGCAUCCAUGAGAAGGGGGAGUCUGAGAACAUAAUCCCCUUGGUGGCCAUCCCCAGCAAGCGCAAAUAUCUUCAAGGCAAAACUGGAAAAAUAAAAUCAGGGCUUCUACAAAAUUUGCCCCAGCAGAAAUGGAAGAAAAAGAAGAAAAAAGGAUCUUACAGUUUUUUUGAAGGGGAAGACGAAGCCGAGGGGGAGAAGGAGGAGGAAGAUUCCCCUUCCGACGUGACGAUGGACAACCAGCUUUUCCAUCAUAACAAAGGAACCCAUUACGGAGGGGAAGACAAGCACCCCGAUGAGUUUCCAAAUUGCGUCACUUCGGACUGUCACAGGAGUAACGGUGUUUCUGGACAGCCUGAUUACGUUGCACACUUUAUGGAUGGCUCGGGGGAGAAGUCCCAGGCACGGGGGAGCAGUUGGAGCGGCGCGUCUAAAAAGAAGGAGGUUUUUUCCUCUACCGACCAAGUGACCCUACCCCUGCAGCAGUUGCAAGACAGCCAAUACGUCGGGUACAUCCAAAUAGGCACCCCGCCUCAAACGAUCAGACCCAUUUUUGACACCGGGAGCACGAACAUCUGGGUCGUGAGCACCAAGUGCAAGGAUGACACUUGUCUCAAGGUGCACCGGUACAACUACAAGUUGUCUAGCAGCUUCCGCUACUACAAGCCGCUCACGAAUCUGGACAUCAUGUUCGGCACGGGAAUAAUCCAAGGCGUGAUCGGCGUGGAGAACUUCCGCAUAGGGCCCUUCCAGGUGUUCAACCAACCCUUUGGACUCGUAAAGCGCGAGAAAAGGAGCGAAGCAAAAUCAAACGUCUUUGAGAGAAUCAACUUCGAAGGCAUAGUCGGAUUGGCAUUCCCAGCAAUGCUGUCCACAGGGAAGACAACGAUCUAUGAAAAUCUAAUGAACACUUAUAAGUUCAACCAUAACGAGUUCUCUAUAUAUAUAGGAAAGGACAAUAAACAUUCAGCUUUAAUCUUCGGAGGAGUGGAUAGCCGCUUUUUCAAGGGAGACAUUUAUAUGUUCCCAGUGGUCAGAGAAUACUACUGGGAAAUACAAUUUGAUGGACUGUACAUCGAUCACCAGAAAUUUUGUUGUGACUCCAGUUCUAUUGUUUACGAUUUGAGAAAGAAAAAAAAAAAAGGAAAAGUGCAAAGAAAUUCCUUUGGGAGGAAAUACUUGAAAAGAAAAAGUCACUUGAUGGACAUGCGGCACAGGUGGAGAAGACACCUCAGAAGAGUCAACCGGCGAGGCAAGAACAAGAAAUUAAAGAAAAACAAAAACUACCUCAUCUUCGAUUCUGGGACCUCCUACAAUAGUGUCCCUAAGUCGGAGAUCGACUACUUCUUCAAAGUCAUCCCACCGAAGAAAUGUGACGACAGCAACAUAGACGAAGUAGUGGCGAGUUACCCCAAUCUGACCUACGUCAUUAACAACAUGCCCUUCACGCUGACGCCGGCGCAGUACCUGGUCCGGAGGUCCGACAUAUGCAAGCCGGCGUUCAUGGAAAUCGAGGUUUCGCCUGAAUAUGGACACGCCUAUAUUUUGGGGAAUGCGACCUUCAUGCGAUACUACUACACCGUUUACCGGCGCGGAGAUGGACACAAGGGCUCCUACGUGGGCAUUGCCAAGGCAGUCCACGCGGAAGAGAAUGAGGAGUAUCUGACCGCCCUGCAGAGAAAGAUGAACCAAGUGGGGUAG